AUGGCAUCGAAAACCCUGAAUUCAGAGCCUCUGCUUCCCGAUCCGGGGUCAAAGCCGUCAAUAUACAAACCACUUGCGGCCAGAGAGAUUCGUCUCCUCGUAAUCCAACCAGGUAUCUUUCGUGAGCGACUCAGGUGCAUCUUGAAGACGGUUUCGCUCGACGACGAACCAUCACCUCGCUUUGAAGCACUAUCGUAUUGCUGGAAUGAUAUUCGAGACACUGUUAUAGUCGACGAUGACACGAUAUCCGUUCCCUCAGAUCUGGCAUGGUUUCUUCGCCGAUUGAGACGCAAGGCAAGUCCGCGCACAGUUUGGGCAGAUUCUAUCUGCAUCAACCAAAGCGACAACGUCGAGAAAGGACAUCAAGUCAACAUGAUGCGUGAGAUAUAUCAACGUACUACCGAAGCUCAAGUUUAUCUCUGCGAGACCCCAGGUUCGAAUCGGCAGCAACAAGAAGAUGAGAUCCAAGAUGACGAGUAUCAACCAUACCAUUGGUAUGGCGACAAAAGAGACGUCCAUCUCUCUUCGUUGCUUGCGACAUAUGGCAACCAGCCAUUGAGCUACAUCAUGAUGGAUAUAGUAGCGAUUGGGUUGUUGACAUGCAUUAGCGACCACUUCUGCUUGCUGGAGAAAGAUAUAACGGCUAUCAGUGGAUUUUGGGAUUUUGCGAUACACACUUUCUCAUUCAUGGUGGAGCAGCCGUGGUUCUCUAGGAUCUGGACAUUCCAAGAAGCGGUGCUUCCAAAGGCCGUGUCGGUGCACUUUGGAGUCUGCGUCUUUCCUUUAGACAUGAUGCUACUUGCAACACAACGAAUCCUGCCUCUCGCAGGAACAAAGGCUCCUUCUUGCUGUGCGUCGACUUGGAAGCGACUACCGCCUUUGGGUGCACCUGCUAUCGGUCACGUUGACGGACAUUUGUGGGACCUCAAUCUUCAUCGCAACUCGGCACAAAAGAAUGACCAGAGUCAGGUAAUCAAUCAUGUUGAUUUGGUUCUUUUAUUGGAAGCCACCAGAAACAGGCGCUGCCAAGAACCUCGGGACCGAAUAUAUGGACUGCUAGGGCUGGUUCAUAACUGGCGCUUCGCCGAGCCAAUCACGCCAGAUUAUUCUCUAAGUAUUGAAGAAUUGUACAUGACAGCGACAUGGAAAGCAAUGACAGAAACGCAGACGACGGUGCUCCUUGCAUACAACAAGCCAAACAAGAAAUUGGUCUUGCCAUCUUGGGUACCCGACUGGUCACAAACGUUAACGAUGGCCGAGAAAGCGUCAAUACCUCUGACGCUGUCUUCGAAAAGUUACCCCGGUCGCCAGGUCUUUGAGCUUCUGUCCAACAACCGACUGCGCCUAAGCAUGGUAUUUGUUGGUAAUAUUCAAAAGGUCCUGGAUCUUUCCGAUUUUGGUGUUGAGAAGACCACUGACACUCCUCUGUCCUGCGAUGCCAUCAUUGGAGCAAUACGUACUUGCCGGGGAAUGGUUGGCUUGCCUACCGACCACGAGUCAACGGAAGAACCUGUCAGGUCUAGAGAUAAGUUGUUCAGAGAGCAGAUUUUGACAGACUGCUAUUUCUAUGAGACCAGAGGCUAUCGGCAGUGGAAGAAGAACGAAUGCUCAAAGCUGGACGAGCAGCCAACCGACACGUUUCAUGGAGGCCACGCUCAAUGUUUCUUCACCCUGGCAGACGGUCGUUUCAGCCUUGCCAAUUUCGAGUGCUCUACGCAAGAUAUGGUUUUUGCAACAGUUGGUGGUCUGUCUGUUUAUCUAGUCCUUCGACCGUGCAAAUUAACUCAGACGUGGACCGAUGUGGAAGAAUGGGAAUUGAGAGGGCCCUGUGAGCUCUGGGACUUUAAAGGAGACGCCAACAAACAGCUUCCCCAGGAAGAUUGUCUAGAGGUAUGA